UCGGUGAAGUGAGCGACCCCUUUCCCUCCCUCCAAGGGGUGGCGGAGACGGGAGGGUCCUGCUGGCUCAGGCGGAAGAAGGUCCCUGUGAGCGAGAGAGACUCGGGGCGUCUGCGCAAGAUGGCUCCUGCUGGGCUGCUGAGGGUGCUGGCGGCUCCUCUGCGCUGGGGAGCUGCUGCCCUCCCUCGCAGCUUCAUUCCACCACCCUGGCCAGUGCUGCCACCCCCAAGCUGUCCUAUGGCCACUCUCAACCAGAUGCACCGCAAAGGCCGCCCCAAGCUGCCUCCGCCAAAGCCUGGCCCCACCAGUGGCUGCCCCCAGCUCAAAGGGGUGGUGCUGAAGACCAUGAUCCGCAAGCCAAAGAAGCCCAACUCGGCCAACCGCAAGUGUGCCCGUGUGCGGCUCAGCAAUGGCAAGGAGGCCAUCUGCUUUAUCCCGGGCGAAGGGCACAACCUGCAGGAGCAUAGCAUCGUCCUGGUGGAGGGCGGGAGGACGCAGGACCUGCCAGGGGUCAAGCUCAAGGUUGUGCGGGGAAAGUAUGACUGUGCCCAUGUACAGAAGAAGAAGUGAGCACAGACUGGGCCUGUGCUUUCACACGCAGCUUCCAGAAGCCUCCAGGGCUGUGGAUUGCAGUGAAGGAGGCAGAGCAAAGGAUCUCUCUCUGGGAGAAAACUUUCCUUUCCGUCCCUGGAGACUUGGCUUGGAGGGUGCCUGGAACUCCUCCAGUUGGAAUUUUUCAAGGCGAUUGGCAUGCUGUAUAGAUGGCAGAUGCAGCAUGCCAAGAGAAUGGGGAAAAUUCCAGGGCAUGGUGCGGGGGAGAGGGAGGGUUUUCUGUUCCUAAAUAAAGAGUGCCAUGGUAACUUC